AUGUCAGACAAAGCGUUGAAUUCCGAGAUCGAGCUUCUGCAACGACAACUGCAGGAGGCCAACGACAAGAUCAAGGCGAUUCAAGACGGUUCGGGCCAACCGUUCCGUCUCUUGGUAGAAACGAUGCAACAGGGUGCGGCGACUCUGUGCGCAGAAGGAAAGAUUGCCUACAGCAAUCAAAGUCUGGCGACUCUUCUCGGUGAACCUCAAGAAAAGCUGGUCGGCCGUUGUCUUGCCGAGUUCGUGAAGUCGGAAGAUCGGGCUCUCUUCAGGCAAGUCUUCCUGCAGGGCUUGCAGGGUAACGGUUCAGUCGAAAUCGAACUGCAAUUGGCCGAUGGUACGCUGAACCCCGUGUUGAUAUCUCUGAAUGUGCUGCCCUUUGAUGCCGGUGCGGCCGUCGGUGUUUUGAUCACCGACUUGAAAGGCCAGAAGCUACAGGACGAACUGACCACCACCGUGGACACCUUGCGCGCCAAUGAGUUUCAGUUCCAUCAACUGGCCGAUUCGAUUCCGCAGUUGGCAUGGACGGCAUCCCCUGACGGAAAUAUCGACUGGUUCAAUCAGCGUUGGUACGAGUACACCGCCACCACUCUGGAAGAAAUGCAGGGUUGGGGCUGGCAAAGCAUUCACGACCCCGCGGUACUGCCCAAGGUGGUCGAAGAAUGGAAACACUCGUUGGACACCGGCGAGCCGUUCGAAAUGACGUUUCCCUUGCGGGGAGCCGACGGAGUCUAUCGACCAUUCUUAACCCGGGUUACUCCGGUGCGCGAUGCAGAGGGACACAUCGUUCGCUGGUUCGGCACGAACACCGACAUCAGCAAAGAGCGAGAGUCGCAACGCGAGCUUGAAACCAUCGCGGCACAGUUGUCAGACUCCGACCGCCGCAAAGAUCAGUUUCUGGCCACCUUGGCGCAUGAAUUGCGCAACCCGCUGUCGCCCAUCAAGACAGCCGCCCAACUCAUGCAACGGGUGGAUGACCCGAGCCAACUGCGCGAACUAAGCGAGGUCAUCGAUCGACAGGUCAUUCAGAUGGUUCGCCUGAUCGACGACUUGAUGGAUGUCUCGCGAAUCAGCCGUGGCAAGGUUCGGCUACGGCUCGAACACUGCGACCUGCGCGAAGUGGUCAAGAGUGCCGUCGAAGCAGUCUCGCCAGCGAUCGAGAACGCCCAUCACACCUUGCAAGUUGAUAUUCCAGACAGCCCCCUAAGGGUGAAUGGCGACAAGGCCCGGCUGGUGCAAAUCUUGGCAAACCUACUGAACAACGCCGUGAAGUACACGACCUCAGGUGGUGAGAUCGUGCUCACGGCCAGGCAAGAGAACGACAAGGCCCUGCUUCAGGUACACGACAAUGGCAUCGGGCUGAGUGAAGACAAGCUCAAAGUCAUUUUCGAGAUGUUCGAGCAAGUCGAAGAGGCCAACGAACGGGGGCAAUCGGGGUUGGGUAUCGGGCUUUCGCUCGCACAAAGUCUCGUUCAGCUUCACGAAGGACAGUUGACUGCCGAUAGCGCGGGGCUGGGGUGCGGCAGCACGUUCAACAUUCGGCUUCCUCUAUUGACCGAUCUUCCACAGUCUACGGUGAAGGAACCCACUGCCGAGAAGCGUUCGAGCCCGACGCGACCGUUUCGGGUGCUCGUGGUGGAAGAUACCCGCACGAUCCGCUUCAUGAUCGUCCGGCUACUAACUACAAUGGGUCACGAAGUGGCCGAAGCGGCCGAUGGAGAACAGGCUCUGGAAGUGGCCACCGAGUUUAAGCCCGAGGUGAUCUUCUCUGAUAUUUCGAUGCCGGUGAUGAAUGGCUAUGAACUUGCCCGCCAGAUUCGGGCGUCCGAUUCGUUCGCAGGCGUGCAGAUGGUCGCCCUGACCGGCUACGGUCAAGAGACCGAUCGGAAGAACGCACUCGAUGCGGGCUUCAACGAUCACAUCGUGAAACCGGUCGAUGUUUCGGUGCUGACCAAUUUCUUCACCACACUGAGCGGGAGGGCUGCUGUGAAAAAAAUUCUGAUCCCACUCGUUGUGGCCGCUCUCGGGUACUUCUUCCUGCAGAAGUUCGAGAUCGACGGCCUCGAUCAAAUCAAGCUCAACCCUCGCCAAGGCGGAGGCGGCUCGUGGCUCAGUUCGUCGGACACCUCGGCUCCGACUGGACCCGUCGGCGACAGUAUUUCGAUCGCCUCGUUCAAUAUCCAAGUCUUCGGCCAGAGCAAACUGAACAAGCCAGAAGUGAUGGAAGUUCUGGCCAAGAUCGUACGGCAGUUCGACGUGGUGGCCAUUCAAGAAAUUCGCUCCUCGCAGCAAGAUGUGAUGCCCCGGUUUGUGGAGUUGAUCAACGCCGAUGGUUCACGUUUCGACUUCGCCAUUGGCGAACGGUUGGGGCGGACCUCGAGCAAAGAACAGUACGCGUACGUAUUCAACACGGCCACGAUCGAGAUUGACCGCUCGGCCAUUUACACGGUGGGAGACCCUGACGACCUUCUGCACCGCGAACCGAUGGUUGCGUCGUUCCGCACCCGGGGUGUACCCCCGGAAGAAGCGUUCACUUUCACGCUGGUGAACAUCCACACCGACCCCGACGAAGUCGAUUUAGAAGUUGAUGUGUUGGACAACGUGCUGCAAGCCGUGCGGGCCGACGGGCGCGGUGAAGACGACGUGAUUCUGCUGGGCGACCUGAAUGCCGACGAACGCAGCUUCGGAGAACUGGGCCAAAUGGCCGACAUCUAUUGGGUCAUCUCCGGUGUGCCCACCAACACGCGUGGCACCAAGACUUACGACAACCUGCUGUUCUUCGCCCACGCCACGACCGAGUUCACCGGCCGCGGCGGGGUGUUCAACUUUCAGGAAGAGUACAACCUCACCGAAGAUCAAGCGCUCGACGUAUCAGACCAUCUCCCUGUCUGGGGUUUGUUCGACAUCCGCGAAGGCGGCCAGCCUAACCGCUUUGCUACCCGGCCGGGUACGCGACAGUAG